AUGACACAGCGCUUUGCCGAAGGUGAAGCUGUGGUGGCGGAAACGCUUAGGAAGAGGAAGGCGGGGAAGGGUGGCCAUCUAAGCAGUCCCCCAUCGCUUCUGGAUUACCUUGCCGACGGUGAACUGGGUGGAGACCACGUCGAAGCGCACACGGUCGCGCAGAUCAACCUUUGUGUUGCUGCCAUCCAGUCCAUGGCCUCGACAGUGACUCAGUGUCUCAUGGACCUUGCGACGUAUCCACACUAUCUGCCUGAGCUUCGUGAAGAGAUUACUUCAAUGCUUGCGCAGAAGAGUGGAACCCUUGACAGACAAUCUCUGGCAGAUAUGAUGAAGUUGGACAGUUUCAUCAAAGAGACCCAGAGAUUGAAUCCUCCAGAUCUUGCAAGCUUCCAGCGUAAGGUUAUGUCGGACAUCACUUUGUCGAACGGUCUUCGAAUCCCAAAAGGCGCGCGCAUUGCUCUACCGACCGGGGCAAUCAACAUGGACAGCCAGUUCUUUGAGGACCCCGAAACCUUUGAUGGCUUCCGGUACUACAAGCUUCGGAUGGAAAGUGAGGAGGCACGGAAGAGUAGCCAGAUGGUGACAGUGGGAAAGAAAGAUUUGACAUGGGGCUAUGGCAGGCACGCCUGUCCGGGUCGGUAUGUUGCUGAAGUUGCAAUGAAGCUGCUCAUCAUUGAGUACAUCGUGCGUUAUGAUAUCAGUCUACCUGCUGGUAUCAAAGAGCGUCCAAAGAAUAUCGAAUUCGAAGGGCUGGUCAUACCAGACCCCAAUUGGGAGCUGAUUUUCCAAAGUCGGUAG